AUGAGUGAGAAGAAGAUCCCGCGGCCGCGGAAUGCAUUCAUACUCUUCCGCCAGCAUCAUCAUCGAUUGUUGAUCGACGAAUGGACAGCUCAAGGGGUAGACAUACCGCAUAACUCAAAAAUUUCGAAAAUACUAGGAGUUAGGUGGAAAUCCUUGAACGAGCAAGAAAGAUCACAUUGGGAAGAACAAGCAAGAAAGGAAAAGUGUGAACAUGAAAAGAAGUAUCCAGAUUAUAGAUAUAAGCCAACGAGAAGACAUAGAAGAAAAAGUGGCAAACCGCUACCGUUACAGCAAGGCUCGCCACAUUUGCCAGUACAGAUGACACUGCAACAUCAAAAUCCACAACAGUUCCAAUCGUCACCCACAAUGCCUACUCAACCACAUCCACAUCCUCAUCCAACACCAUUGUCUGCUAUUACAAAGGGGAUCUCUUCACCCGCCCAAGCACCGACCGGUGUUAUACACCCGAAUCAGCAAGUUCAUCCACCACCAGCACUGGCGCCUCAAUUAACACCUAUGCAUAAUUUAAUGGCACCGGGCCCCGCUGCAGGGCAGUAUAGGCCGUUGCCAUACCCGAUGGCUCCUUCUAAUACUCGCCCUACAACGGGCGCUACCGCUCAUCAUCAUCAACCUCAUCAUCAUCCAUCCGCACCGGUGUACCAACCGUACUACCUUCCAUUGCAUGGUUAUCUACCCAAGUUUAGCCAAGUUCCCUCGUCACAGGUGGCGCAGGCUACUACACCACACCACCACACACAAGUCACUACUACUACACCACAGCCGCCGCCCGGUGCGACGGGAUCUAUUUCGGGCGUGCCGCCCGGUGUACCACCACCAUCUCUACCGUCAUCGUUGCCGCCAGCAACUGCGAUAUCGCCAUCAGCGGUACCGCAUAUUCCUGCUGCUACAUCAGCCACUGCUAUUCCUACCCCAACUAGUAUCAGUUCGAACACAACUAGCGUGAAUCAGGAGGGCGGUAGAGCAGGAACUCUUCCCUUUUCCGGCGGUGAACGUUCAGUUAACAAUCAUAACUGGCAGUGGAGGGGUUAUGCAUAUCCAUUCGAUAGACGGUGA